UCAUCAUUCUGCGUCUCUGUUUAUAUUAGCAGAGCAGAACAGUGUGCUAGCUAACGGCUAGUUCAUGUAUUGAAUGUAUUGUAUGAACUGUCUUUCACAGCGCGUGUGUGUGCGUGCAGGAAAGCGGCUCAUGUUUACCAGCGAACUCAGAGGCAGUGCUGUGAGGAUAGGCUAGGCUAGCGGCGCGGAGUAGUGCUGUGCUGUACUCAGGAUAGGCUAGGCUAGCGGCGCUGAGCGGAGGGAGCUGUAAGAUUUAACUGCUGCUGCUUUCAGAAGAAGAGUUCUGUAAAUAAAUACUGACAAACAAGGGAAAUGGGCGCUGAACAAAGUGGUGAUGCUGAGCACAAGCAUUCAGACUACAGCUCUUCGGUUGUUCCUUCACCAGCUAAACACCGAGCAAAAAUGGACGAUAUAGUGGUGGUUGCUCAAGGAACACAGUCAUUACGCAACAUUCAUAAUGAUCCAGAUGUCAUCAAACUUCAGGAGAUCCCCACCUUCCAGCCUCUUCUGAAAGGUGUGCUGAGCGGACAGACAUCUCCAAGCACGGUGUCUGUUGAGAAGCUGGACUCUGUGCAGGUACUGCAGCUGUGCAUGCGUUACCAGGACCACCUCCACCAGUGUGCCGAGGCCGUGGCCUUUGACCAAAAUGCGCUGGUCAAGAGGAUCAAAGAGAUGGACCUGUCUGUGGAGACACUUUUCAGCAUCAUGCAGGAGAGACAGAAGCGAUACGCCAAGUAUGCAGAGCAGAUCCAGAAGGUGAACGAGAUGUCCAUGAUUCUGCGGCGAAUCCAGAUGGGCAUUGACCAGACCGUUCCUCUGAUGGAGCGACUCAACAAUCUGCUGCCUGAGGGUGAACGUCUGGAGCCUUUUAGCAUGAAGCCAGAUGGAGAACUCAAAUAGAACACACCGGGUGCCUGGUCCAGAACAUGCAGGCAGAUAUCCCCUGGGCCAGAGAACACUGUUAGACAUUUAUUCUGGUUUUGUUAAGUUUACAUGUGGAUAUUUUUGCACUGCACACAAAGCUCUUUGCUUCUCAAAAGGUUGUGAUACCUCUUCUUAUGACAAAUAAACAAAAUGUAUAUUGUAGGUACUACACAGUUACCGUUUUACAUGAUUUUCAUGAACAAGUGAUGCAUUUUCUAGCUGUUACAUCAUUAAAACAUGGCAUCAUAUGAUUGUUUACUUCACAGUUCGAAUAACGUAACAUUUUGAAUUAUACAUUCUACAUGUUCAACUUGUCUUAAAUAUUAUUGAAAUUUAACUGAAGGUUUUACAUCUACGCUGAUUAGAUAUAACAGUAAAACAUUUAGCUUAAUAUUGUGUAGGUAUACAUGCUUAAUAUUGUGUAUGCCCCAAUUCAUAAGUUGUCCUAAGUUGUCAUAAAUCCCCCAACUUUACUUCAAAGAUUUUUUUAUAAAUUGAAACCACGAAAUGCAUUUUAACACCAAAUACACAAAAAAUGCAAUUAAUGUCAGUUUUUGGCUGUUAAUGUUCUAUAUUUAAACUAAAUAUAUAUUUUUUCUCAAAAGACAAACUUUACAGUGAUGUGAAAAAGUGUUUGCCCCCUUCCUGAUUUCCUGAUUUUUUGCACAUUUGUCACACUUAAAUUUUUCGGAAAUUUAAAUAUUACACAUCUUAAUGAUCCCCAAGAGACAAAAAGUUGAACCCUUUGAAAGGUGUGUGUCCUAGUAUAUCUGAUGUAAAAGACAUUUUACCAACAGUAAAAUAUGAUGGUGGUAGUGUGAUGCUGUGUCAGGGCCUGGAAGACUUGCUGUGAUAAAUGGAGCUAUGAAUUCUGCUCUCUACCAAAAGAUCCUGAAAGAGAAUGUCCGACCAACUGUUUGUGACCUCAAGCUAAAACAAACUUGGGUUCUGCAGCAGGACAAUGAUCCAAACACACCAGCAAGCCCAUCUCUGAAUGGCAAAGUUCGUACGAAUGCUUGAUGCUUUCUAGAAUUCUAUCUAUCUAUCUCGAUCUUGAAAUCCUGGAAAAUGCUUGAAUUUUAACGUUCUGUUUUUCAGGCCUGGAAAGUGCUGGAAUUUUGGAGAAAGUGCUUAAAAAAACUUUCGGCGUCCUUCAACGAGCUGCUGUUUGCUCCGCUUUAGCUCUGUGAAACGAGGUGAUCUCCGUCUGGAGAGCCAUGCUUAAAGCCAAAAGCUGGGUUAACAGUGCUGCUGAUCGUUCUAGGCACUAAAGCCGCGAUACAAGCCCCGGAGAUCGGCUCGUUUUAAGCACUGAAACCGGGCAAAAGGCAACGGAGAUCGGAGGACGCUGAUGCCGCGUUAACAGUGCUUUGAAUCAUAAAACUUUUGAUUUAAUUUCUUCUCCUUCUGCAAUUACCAAACACAAUUUUGAUUGUGUUCACAUAAACAUAAAUAAACAUAAACCAUCUCUCACAGUGUGACAAAAAGCAAAUCAAUAAUUGAGUAUAUGUAUAUAUAAAUGUUCUUAACUUAUCCCCAAAUUUGACAUUACAGUAACUGCUUAAUUAAAUGAAUAGGGUAAACAUACGGUGAAGAAUAAUCGUAUUUAAAUUGUGUGAAACUGACACCAAUAAAUCCAUAAUUCCUGCUAUUUACGUAGUUAGCAGUAUUUUUUUUCUCAGUAGCAUAGUCGCUGUGAAGUGUGGAGAAUAGUUUUGAGAUAUAUUAAAUAUCGCUGAAUUGCAGUUUUGAGAUAUCACUGUUAUCAUUUACCACAGUUGAAAGGUGCUGGAAAAAGUUAAAAAUGGGCCUUGAAAGUUCUUGAAAAGUGCUUGAAUUCUACCUUGUAAAAGGUGUAUGAACCCUGGAAUGGCCGAAGAAAAACAAAAUUAAUACUUUGGAGUGGCCUAGUCAAAGUCCUGACCUGAAUCUGAUUGAGAUGCUGUGACAUGAUCUUAAAAAGGCCGUUCAUGCUCGAAAAUCCUACAAUGUGGCUGAAUUACAACAAUUUAUUACAAGUUACUGCAAACGCUUGGUUGCAGUUGUUGCUGCUAAGGGUGACCUGACCAACUAUUAGGUUUAGGGGGCUUUUUAGGGAUUCCCCCCCCCCCC